CCUAAUCGUCAGCACGCUGAGGAUGAUGCGUAUUGUUGGUGGCUUCGGCGUCUUGUGAAGGAGCUGGAGGAGAAAAAAGGGCUGGGAGAAUCUUAAAGAAGAAAAAUAUCCUCUUGAUGAAAGUGCUGUAACUACCGUGUAUAUCAAUGGCUAGCUGUGGUGAGGUUGACCAUACAUUGAAUAUGCUUCCCUCUAACAAGAAGGUGAAUGAGCCUUGUUCAAGUACAUCCCCUGCGCUCUCAGUCCCUGAAUGUGCUAUAUGCUUACAAACCUGUGUUCAUCCUGUCCGACUCCCUUGUAGACAUAUUUUUUGUUAUCUUUGUGUAAAAGGAGCAUCUUGGCAAAGUAAGCGCUGUGCGCUGUGUCGACAAGAAAUUCCUGAAGACUUUCUUGAAAAGCCUACUCUGCUGUCCCCAGAGGAGCUCAAAGCAGCAGGAAGAGGCAAUGGAGAGUAUGCUUGGUACUAUGAAGGUAGGAAUGGCUGGUGGCAGUAUGAUGAGCGCACAAGCAGAGAGCUAGAAGAUGCUUUUUCAAAAGGUAAAAAGACUACCGAGAUGCUCAUAGCAGGAUUUUUGUAUGUGGCAGACUUGGAGAAUAUGGUUCAGUACAGAAGGAAUGAGCAUGGGCGCCGCAGAAAAAUGAAAAGAGACAUUGCUGAUAUCCCCAAAAAGGGUGUUGCUGGACUUCGGUUGGACACUGACUCCAGUGCUUUGGCUGUGGCUCGUGAAAAUUCAGCAGAUGGGGCUGAUACAACAGCUGUUCAGGGGGCUGCAUCUGCAUCUAUACGUACAGCCAAUUCUGUGAGGCCUCCUACAUCUCUUGGUGGCCAGCCAACAAGUCCUUCAACCCCAUCCCCUGAUGCCAGCAGCUCUAUAGAGAACUCCUUUGCCCAAAUGCAGAUUAGUCAUCAAAGCAGUGAUGACAGAGGGCAAAAUGGAGAGGGGGAGGAGGUGGAAGAGGAUACAGCACUGUCUCAUGGUUCAUCUGCUCCAAACACAUCUGUGGAUGAAUCAGACUCAGAAUCCAGUAGUGAAGAGGAAGAGGAGGAAGGAGGGGAUGAUGCAGAAGAAGUGACUGGUGACCAGCUGCAGUACGUGUCACGUACAAGGCAAAGACUCCUUCCAUAUGACCGGGUUAGGGAGAGCCAGGCAGAGAGGCCGUCUCCAGGAGGUGAGUCUGCCAGUAGCAGCAACAGUGUGAGAUCAAGAAGGCCUGAUGGACAGUGUACAGUUACUGAAGUUUAAACUGAGCUUUUUUUAAACAUUUGUACUGGAAUGGGAGCUGAGGUUCUCGGCCAAUAUUGCACUCAGAACUAGAUCAUUUCUCAUUUCUAUCUUUAUUGGUAAAUUUGAAGGGCACUCAUAAUUCGCAAUGGGAAAAAAAACAUCUGGAGGCCUGGUCUGGAUGUAGCUUACGUCCCAACAAAAUACAGAAGUUAUUAAUAAGGCUGAUUUUAUCAGCUUUUUUUCUAUAAAACACUGAAAAAAAGAAUUUCCCUGAUUACUUGUUCAGGCCCAAAUAAGCAUUCUAAAUUGGUGUGUUUCAUAAUCAGAGCAUGGUCUUUCAGUGUUAAAUUCAUAUUUCAUCAUAAUAUGCUUGUCUUUACCAUUACUUGUGCAUGUGUUAUUGUAAGAGAGGGUACUAAACACUAAUGUCAGAAAGAUGAAAAGUUUUUGUUUUAGAAUUAGUUUGGUUAACUUUAUUGGAGUCUUUUUGUGUACCUAGCAGAUUGUUUUUUUGCAAAAUGACAAGGUCAGAUGUCAUGUACAGGCUGCUUAACUGAAACAUUAUGGGUUGUCUCUUGCAUUUUGAAAAUUUCAGUGUAAUGAUUUUUACAUUCAUCAUAUUUCAUUGUCAUGUGUCCCUUUCAUUCUGCUUUUUAAAACUUUUAAAAAUCUUAACAUUUUUUGCUGUAUUUUGCUUUACUGUAAUUUGUUACAGGAUUUGUAAGUUAAAAAUAAAGUAUUUGUCAAUUUAUCAACCCAAAAUAAAAGAUUUCUAGCCUCUUUAAGAUGUAAUUUAAGAGUGUAAUAAGCAUAACAUUGUGAUCACUUUCAUUUGGGUGCCAAGGCAUUAAUAAAUUCUUUAACAUAAUACCUAUAAGUAGAGUGUAUGCUGUUUAUCUAGACUUUUGUCAAGGCUGGUAUCAGCUUUUUCACAGCAUGUCAAGUGAAUAAUGUAAUUAAUUUCAACAACAUAAGGAAUGGACUAAUGAAAAUUUUGUAUGUGAAGUGUUAAAUCCCAAUGGUAUUUUUCCACAAAUAUGUAGGGCUAUAAUCAAGAAGGAUAAGAAAUUGUGAAAAAUAUUGCAUUUAUUAGGUAAAACUUAUUCCUCAUGAAGAAAGCUGCUGAUAAAGUACUUUGCAGAUGUUUUGUUAGUUAUACCAACUAGAAGUAUACUCUUAGAGGUAAGAAGCACAAUUUUUGGACUCUUGCAUUACCUCUUUCAGAUAAUUUUCCAAAAUUAUUUUGUUUAUUCAUUGUAUUACAAAUAUUGUACUUUUGCUGAUAGGUGAUCUAAAUAUUCCCUUUUCCCAAAGACGUGCUGUUAGGUUAAUUGGCAUCUCUCAAUUGUCCUUUUGUCAGUGUGUACCAGGGAUACAAUCCUGAUCUUAGAGGGCUGUUGUGCCUUGCAGGUUUUCCAGAUCUUAAAAAACACUAUUACCUGAAUAAGUGGUAACAAUAUAGGUUAAGAGCUGAGCUGAAAUGAAAACCUUCACAUGCAGUGACCCAUGAGGACCAGGUGUGUGCGCUAUAGUGGAUAAGCAUCCCAUCCAUUGUGUAGUCCCGUCUUGCAUCGUGUGCUUGUACUGUAGGUUGUUGCACUUGUUACUAAGAAUCGGCAGAAUUCUGAUACUGGAUGAUGUACUGUAUAUGUGGUUCAUUAAAGCAAAAUUCAAAUCUUUAAA